ACAGACGCUACUCCUCUCCCCACAGAGAUGGCUGGUGGUCGUUUUUGCUGCCUCCUCACGUAUGUCGUUGUGCUGUUUCUGAGGGUCUUCCUGCACGAUGUGGAGGCUUCAGGAGAAAAACAAGUCAUUGAUAGAAAAGUUGGAGACUCAGUGGAGCUUUCAUCAAAUUUACCAACUGAAGGAGUCAGCAGUGCAAGAUGGAGAUAUGGAAACUCAGUAGUUGCAUAUCAUGAUACAGGUGUUACUGCAAACAAUCUAUUUCAGGGCAGAGUGGAGUUCAAUAAUGUGAGCUUUAGUUUAACAGUGAGAGAACUGACCCUUCAAGAUUCUGGAGAUUUCCAGUUCAUCUCAGAGGCCAAUGGCCAACAAAGACCUACAGUCACCAUCACUCUGCAGGUUCAUGAGCCAAUAUCUACGAAGCCCAAACUGGUUUAUAACAUCAGUGAGCCUGACUUAAAUGGAUCCUGCACAGUUUAUCUGGAAUGCAGAGCAGCUCCUCACAGAAACACCAACUACAUCCUGACUGUAGGAAACCAAACACAUGAAGGCCCCAAGCUGCAUUACCACAUCACAACACAAGAUGGAGACACAACAGUCACCUGCAAUGCCUCUAAUGCUGUCAGUGAGAUGUCAGCAUCAGAAACAUUGAGGUGCAAAAACAGCACUGACAGCCUCUCUAACAAAGGUGAAUUGCCCCUUGUGUGGAUUCUCAGUGCAGCAGGAGGAUGUUUGCUGAUCAUUUUUAUCAUAAUAGUAGUGAUCCUCUGUCUCUGCAGGAGAACGUGGUCUGGAGGCAGUGAUUCAAACGAACUCACUGUAUAUGCUGAUAUCUCUGACUUUUCACCUGAAGUUGACACCUCAGCUAAUUCAAAGGUCUGUUCUUUAUACGACACUGUCAAUGACAACGCCGGUCACGGUCAACAAAUGCCCCAGACAAUCUAUGAUAAGAUCCAGAUUGAACGUAUGAGGAAGGCUUCCUUGUCUCCAUACCAGGAGAUUUCCUAGAUGCUCUCAACAUGCUGGAAUUUUUUUGGUGCAGCUUAGAAGAGAGGUUAAAAACAAGCCCGGUAGAAGUAAAGAAGAAAACAUCGAUGAGACCGAUUCCCAGACCCAGUGACGUGUUCAACAAUUUUGAAACAGAGGAUGAUUUUGUUACAAAAUGCAAAAUGCUUUUUAAAUCCAAAUCACACAAGUAUCUAUUUGUGUCAUUGACUUUGAAAUGUAUGCUGUUAAGUGUGCAAAAUAUGUAUGUUAAGAAAGCCCAAGAAAAUGUGAAAGGAACUAACUGGUCCACGUAAUCUGAAACAAUACCUCGUUCAGAUAUAACUGGAUGAUGUGGAAAGGUAUCCACUAUUAUUAUUUUUUCAUUAAAUAUACCGUAGCUUACAGACAAUUAUUAACAGGCUAUUCAGAAUUUCUGUUUAUUUUAACAUUUUUUUUCAUGCCUUUGCUAAAUUUGAUAACAAAAGUAUGACUUCCUCUUUUUAAACAUGUCACUGGAAUUUGUAAUUUAUUUGUACAGCUUGUAAAUAUUUAGAUAAUAUAAACAUUUUAUACCCUCUUGCAAAC